GUGGCCACAUAGAUGGCCUUAUGGUUCGCAGCAGCGCUUCGUGAGACCAACUAUGAUGACACCCGAAGAAGAGACAUGGAGGAAUAAGCGAGUAGAAUCAGUGGGAGUCAGUGGCAUGAUCUAACAGGGUUGGAUCAUCGUCGAGAUAUCACUUUGUGUCAGUCGUGAAGAUCUUGCAGAAAGUUCGUGCCAUGCGGCCGUACUUCAUCAUCCUGAUCUUUCUCGCGAGUACGGUGCUCGCGAGGUACUACGAAAAGACGCGUUUUGAUCGAUCUAUUCAUAACGAACACGAAGUGAGGAAUACAGAAAACAAUAACAUAGAAAAACAAUGGUCUUUCACUGACGAAGUAACGCAAUUCGUUGCAUACAAGAGCAGGAAAGAAAACGACUGCUAUCUAGAAAAUAUAAAACAAAGUCAAAAUGUAUCACGUAAGAAACGGCAAUCUAAGGUUCUCUAUGCGUCGACACUUCUCACAAAACUAGAGGCGUGGAGACUUGCUGGAGGCCGAAUCAUUGAUUUUUGCAACGGACGCAGUAUCAUCUUGCUACAGAUAAAUAGACCCGUGCCUGGGCAAACUCUCGAUCCAUUUCUAAACGAAAUCCCUGUAGAUGAGAACGAUAUUUCGUCUAGACGAGUAGCUGACGUGGUUUUAACGCCAUUGAAAGCUCGGAGGAAGAGGCAGAUCCAACUCGAGCGACGGGAGAAAAUGAACAAAAAUUUCAAUCGAAUUCGAGAACGUCGACAGACGCAUCAGUUUCGAGGAAAAUUUCGCGGACAAACGCAAUCUCAAUAUUUAAAUCUCGGUAACGAUGAACAGAAAGAAGGCAAAGCGGAAGCUGAAGCCACUCAGCAAUCUUCGCGCGCCGUAGUUAGCGGUAGUCGUGGUAUAGGUCAAGCGCAAAGUAUGUCGUCAGGUGGUACCGGUUGCGAAGAUUGUCCUGGAUAUCCUGGAUAUCCCGGCGUCGAAGGAGAUAAGAUACAAAUCACACCUACAGGAAUACCUGGAGUACCUUAUCCUGGUGGUGUUAUUCCUGGACAAACAAUAUAUCCAGGUGGAGUAGUUCCCGGAGGAAUUGAUGCCAUUUCCGGAAUUCUUCCUGGAAGUAGACCAAGAAUUUAUCCUAAAACUGAUCAACCUGGAAUUGUAACACCAGGAGGAGAUGGAACGUAUCCCGGAGGUGUUCGACCUGGUACUAUAAUUCCAGGAGUUGACGGAACGUAUCCUGGAGGAGUUCGGCCUGGAACCGUGACACCAGGAGUCGACGGAACGUAUCCUGGAGGUGUUCGACCUGGAACCGUAACACCAGGAGUCGACGGAACGUAUCCUGGAGGUGUUCGGCCUGGCACCGUGAUACCAGGAGUUGACGGAACGUAUCCUGGAGGAAUUCGGCCUGGAACCGUAACACCAGGAGUCGACGGAACGUAUCCUGGAGGUGUUCGACCUGGAACCGUAACACCAGGAGUCGACGGAACGUAUCCUGGAGGUGUUCGACCUGGAACCGUAACACCGGGAGUCGACGGAACGUAUCCUGGAGGAAUUCGGCCUGGAACCGUAACACCAGGAGCCGAUGGAACGUAUCCUGGAGGCGUUCGGCCCGGAGUUGUAAGACCGGGAGGUGAUAGAACGUAUCCUGGAGGCGUUCAGCCCGGGGUUGUGAGACCGGGAGGUGAUGGAACGUAUCCUGGAGAGCAUAGACUAUAUCCAGGAGGUGUUCAACCUGGAGUCCAACCGGGUGCCUAUCCUCCUGGAGGCGUUGUGACUACUUCAGUGACAACAGACGCUACUGCUAAAAUUUACCCGGGUGGUACCGUACCCGGAACAGUCUUUCCCGGUGGAACAUAUCCAGUAACUCCUGGUAUUUAUCCGGGAACUGGAGUCUAUCCUGGUGGCGUCCAACCUGGUACCGUGCCAGGAACGUAUCCUGGCGGCGUUGUUCCAGGAGGUACAAUAACUCCGGGAGUUUAUCCUGGUACUGGACAGCAGAUUGGCGUUGUCCCAGGUGGAACAACAGAUCAAGGAGUUUAUCCUGGUGGUAGACAACCACCUGGGGUGCAUUAUCCGGGAGGUGUUGCGCCAGGUACUGUGCCAGGGGGUGGAGGUGGAGGUCCUGGUGUAGUCGCAACUACAAGUACCGUCGCUGGCGCUGGUACACAAGUAAUAACCUAUCCAAGCGGUCAGCCAACGGAUGGCCAAGUGGUCUAUCCAGGCGCUGGUGGUAUCACGCAACCAGGUAGAAUUCCUGACGGAACAGGCGGUGUACAGCCUGGUGUCAAAGUUACACAUCCAGGAGGUGUCACAUAUCCUGGCGGCACACAACAAAUCACUUCUCCCGGUGUCUAUCCUGGUCAAGGAAUCUAUCCCGGUGGAGGUCAAGUACCGACAUAUCCAGGCGGACAAUAUCCAGGCGGGCAAUAUCCAGGCGGACAAUACCCAGGCGGACAAUACCCAGGCGGGCAAUAUCCAGGCGGGCAAUAUCCAGGCGGACAAUAUCCGGACGGACAAUAUCCGGGCGGACAAUAUCCAGGCGGGCAAUAUCCAGGAGAGCAAUAUCCAGGCGCAGAUACCAGAGUGCCUGGCAGAACAGGUGGCGUUCAGUAUCCAAUAGGUACACCAGGUCAAACAAUUGGAGGAAUUACUGGGCAAUAUCCUGGACAGUAUCCAGGCGGAAUUAGUGGCCCUGGUGUAGGUACUGGUCAAUAUCCAGUGAGACCUUAUCCAGGAGAAGUUGGAACUGUCGGUACCGGAGAUUCGCAAUACUAUGCGCAACCUGGAAGACCAGGUGGACCGGCGGGUGUGCAAGAUGACGGCGCCGAGUCGCAGGCGUCGAGUUCCGUGCAGCAGGUGGAUUCGGGUACUCAAGCGAGCGCCUCGGCGCAAGGUAAAUACGGCUCGGGCACGGCUCAGUCACAAGUGACGGGCACGUACAGCGGCUCCGGCAGCUUUUCGGCCCAGGCCGGUACCAGUGACGUGAAUAAAAGCGUUCAGACCGAGAUCAGUGGGGACAAGGACGGAGCUGCUAGCAACGCGCAAGGCGUCGCCGGUCACGGGAAGAGUCAAGCGCAGGUACAGCUGAAUUCCGAUUCCGGGGCCACUUCGACAGACGCCCAGAGCAGCGGUUGGAAUCACGGUACCAAUUCUCAAGUGCAGGCGAGUUCCAAGGGCGGAAUGGCGGAUGCUCAAGCCAAUGGCGAAGGCAGUACUUCCAGCCAAGCGCAGAUUGGUUUUCAGCCGUACUUGAAAGACGAAGACGAAAGGCUGGAGAAACAGGCAACGCCGUUCCGCGGCAGCGGUACGGCGACAGCUCAGAGCGGUACACAUCGCGGCCAGUCCCAGUCGCAGCUGCAAGGUUCCUUUCAAUACGGAAUUACGUACAGCGGUGCGGCGCAAGCUGGAUCCGGAUCCGGCGCUGCGUCCUCGCGGAAACCCUUCAAUUUCAGCAUCGCCGACACCGAGCUCUUCAAGCCGUUCAAACCGGAUCCAGCUGUAAGAAAACCGGUGCACAUUGACAGUGGUGGACAGUCAAAUCCGUCGGCAAGUCCAAACUAUGAAAACAGGCAAGGCAAUCGCGACCAAGGUUUUCAAAGCAGUUCGACUUCGAGACAGACUGUCAUCGUGAGUUCCAAGGAUAAUCUAGACGACACUUCCGGCAAGAAAGUAUUGGCUACGGAGAAGCCGCGAGCAGACGAUGCAACGUACGAGGAUUACGACGACGAGUACACGGACGAGGAUGAUUAUUCCACGGCGAAUCCGAGAUUGACGAUUCAAGAAAAGUUCUCGAGUAAUUUUCCAGCCCCGGGCUCGGAUCAUCAAAAACCUAGUAAAACUGUCCAGCAGCAGAGCCGCAGUCAAUCACAAACGAUACAGAUCGCCAAGGGGAACCAGUAUGACGUCCACGUCAGUCAAGACUCGAGUGCGCCGCGAACAGGCGACAUCCUGCAGCCGGGACAAUCCGUAUCGGGAUACACCAUCCCGCCUGGAUUUCGUGGAAGAGUAACGUCGACUGCCGGUACCGAGACCAUUGCCCAGGGCGACGGCGGAUCUCAAUCGCAGACUGUGUCCUUGGUGCCGAAGGAUUUGAAUAGCACCAAAUCGCCCGGCACGGAGACCAGAUCGCUUCAGACCAAUCAUGAGCGUUACGUCGGCCGGCACGCAUCGAGCAGUAAGAAUCAAGAACCUUCUGCGAAUCAAGGAUCUUCUGUUAAUCAAAACGUAUCUCCCGUUAAGCACACGAGACCUACUCCGGCGGUAGCUAUAAAACCAAGUUACUAUACCGUGACCAACAGUUUUGCCGGCAAGAUGAACGGCAACAAUGAGCCGCGUAAGUACGAGCAUCGAUAUUACACCAAGAGCUCCACUUGCGGAUACUUCACGUUCUCCUGCAACGUCGUGUACGGUUCCAACGGCAGGACGAAGAUCUGUAAGCCAAAAGUGCCAACGUAUCCCGACGGCACGCCUAUGAAAUGUUGAAUGACCAAGAUAUAUCUGAUGAAACGCGCCGAUAAUUAUUUUGCAUAAUCGCUUCCGUAAAACAUCUCGCGUUGAAUCGUUUUUCUCGCCUGUUGUGUAAUCUGGUGAAAUUUAUGUGACCUGCUUAAGUGAUAGAUUAGAUCAUACUUGACUAAUGCUUUUGCACGCCUCAUAACUCACUAUACUUAUUCUAUCAUAAAUUCAAAUAAUACAUUCCAUUUCUUGAGCAGCUUCCUGUAAGUAAAAUAAGCGUGAAAAUAAAAUAAAUACUAGAAAAUAAUAGAAAACUCUCGAUCUUAUGGAUCAGUAAAGACACCAAAACUUUCGAAAAAUUCAUAGGAUUGAAAGUUUUAAAUGUCUUAUAUAUAUACUUAAAUAUAUACUUAACAUUAUAAUUUUUUGAUUGAGGUAUGCCAAAUUGUUGACUGUAUAGUAAACAUGUUGCUACAUCAAUUGCUGCUAUUUAUU